CAUACGAAUCUUAGUUGCCACAGAAGCCUACGGAAUGGGGAUGGAUGUUUCAGACAUAAGGAAUAUUGUACAUGUUGGACCCCCAUCAACUCUGGAAUCCUUUGUUCAAGAGAUUGGCAGAUGUGGACGGGAUGGAGCCAAAGGGAAAAGCUGCCUCUAUUUUAACAGCUCUGAUCUAAGCAAAACACACUUAACAAAGGAAAUGAAAGAAUAUUGCACCACAGAAGGUUGUCGCAGGGAGCUUUUAUUGAAUCAUUUCAAUUUUAAAGUGCGCACAGACCAAGACAAACACUACUGUUGUGAUAAUUGCUCAAGAGCAUGUAAAUGUGAAUUGUGUUCCACUGAUUAUGAAGAAACAGAUACUACAAAUGAAGUUGAACCAUUUCCUAGGGAUCAAAUCUCUAAUUUGCGGGAAAUGCUCACAAUUUAUUUUAAGUCUGAAAAUGGUAUUGUUGAAAGUGUUGGAUCAGCAGAACUUCGAACAGGUCUGUCUAAGAGUUUAAUUGACAAUAUCUGCAAAAAAGUACCAACUAGUCUGAACCAAUUAGAAACUUCAUAUCCAUUUUUGACAUCUGGUCAGAUCAUGAAUAUACAUAAGAUAAUUCAUUGCCUGUAUGCAGUAAAGGCAUAGAAGUACUUUCAUCAUUUAUAACAGCUGUACUGAAAGUUUGGCUAAAUUUUCUAACACCGCAGAAAUGCGAAAAUAUAACAUGUUCUGAAGUUACGCUGAUUCAACACUUUAAAUUAUUUUGUAUUCUGAGCAUACAUGAUAAUAAGAGAAUGUUCAUGCUUAAUGCAUACUAAUAAGCGGACUGACAAUAGUUAAAUCAGCUCAAUGAUAUCAUAUUCUUGACAGACUAGUUAACCAUGACUGAAUUGAUGAUCUUAUUAUACUGUUUUCUAAGUACAUGUUUUGGUGUACUGAAAUGAAUUUAAAAUAAAACAUUCUAAAUUUUGAAAUAGUUUCUUUCAUAUAAGAGCAAUAACUUACUACAUAUAUUGCUACUAUAUGUAAUAUAUUUACUACUACUUUUUACAAUUUCACUGUAUUUAUUACCUCAGAAUGAAUGGAUCUUUUUAUCAAAAACUGCAUCAUAUUAAUGUACAUUGUAUGACAUCUUGAACUAAUAAGAUUUCAAGUAUCACAAUAUUGAAUACAUUACAUGGAAGUAAAAUUUGAAAAAAGCAUUAAAAUAUCAGACCCGCCAAACAUGUAUAAAAUUCAUAACAAUAUCACAGUAUAUGCAAAACCUCACUAGUGAUUACUCUUUGUGAACAUUAUAUCCUGAACAUAAAUCAGGUUGCAACAAUUUGACGCAAAGAGGAUAUUUAUUUGUUUUGAGUGAAUAUAGAAUAUAAAAAUUCUCACUGAGAACUGAGAAAAAUAUCAAAUAUUUUCAUGAGCACAUGCACGAGUGAAAAUGUCAAAAUUUUCUCACUUUGAGGUGAGAUAUUCUAUAUUCACGAAAAAACAAAUAAAUUUUCUUUUUAUCUUAUGCUUGAUUAAAUUGAGAUGCAUUUUACAACAACUUUGACAGCGCAGGGAACAUAUAUGCUUAAACGAACAUGACGUCAGACGUGUUGUGAAGUUAGAAAGAUGCACACCACAUAAAAUUCCAUUUUAUUUAAUUUCUUGCUCCAUUACUGCUAUGAAAUUGUCAUAAAGUAAAAAAAAUUAAAUUGAGAAAUAUGCUAUAAAGAACCAAGUGCGAAUACAAUUUUCAUCCUGCUAUAAGCAAAUAAUUUAAAAAUUCAUACACAAUGUACAAGUAGAUCGGCAAAGCAGUGAGUGAUAUGGAUUAUGUCUCAAUGAUUAAUAAAACACAGUAUUUCAUCAGUUAGCAUAAAAUAAAAAUAGAUAUCACAUCAUGUUAUCUUGAAACUUAAUUAAAAUUAAACACAGUAUAUGUAAAAACUAAGUUUCAAAAAACAAGAGGAAUAUCAAAAAUCUUUAUCACACAACUGAGUUUCACAGUACAAACAGUUCCUUACAAGCAACAUUUAAGCUAAGGCCUAAAA